GUGCCAUCGCUUUCUCUCAGGAGUACGUCGCCAACGAGCUGACGCAAAGCUUUUUCACGAUCACUCAGAAGAUCCAAAAGAAACUCACGGGUUCUCGCCACACCACAGAGCUCUCCGAAAUGUUCCCCUCCCUGCCUGGCUCACACCUGGUGCUCCACAAUCCCGCGCUGGAGUUCAUCAAACAUGUCUGCCAGGUGCUGUCUCUGGAUGCCAACAUCGCCAACCAAGUGCAGAAGCUGAAGCGCGACCUCCUGCGCCUCAUCGAUGUGGGGGAAUUCUCCGAGGAGGCCAACUUCCAGGACCCCUGCCGCUCCUACGUCCUCCCAGAAGUCAUCUGCAGAAACUGCAACUUUUGCCGGGACCUGGAUCUCUGCAAGGAUCCGGCUCUCUUUCAGGAGGACUCCCCACUGCCCAGCUGGUUGUGCUCCAAUUGCCAAUCGCAGUACGAUUCCGACGCCAUCGAGAUGGCUCUGGUGGAAGCCCUGCAGAAGAAGCUGAUGGCCUUCACCCUGCAAGAUCUGAGCUUCCUGGAUCAUUUGAAGGUUUUCCGGGGCAUCGCUCGGCAUUACGGAAUGGCCCACUUGCUGGAGAACGUCCAGUGGCUGCUUCAAAUGAACCCCCAGCUUCUCUCCUGAGAUGAAACCCCCCCACCAACCCCUUCAUCCUUUCCUGGCAGAAGCGACGCCCAAGAAGGCGGGCAGGUCGCCUUCUGCUCGGCCGUGCGGUGAAGUCUUUUAAGGAGAGAAACGCUUGUGUGGGGCGGCUGGCAAGGGGGACUCUUCGCCCCCGGGGGCAGGGGAAGCAAAUGUUGCAAGCCUUAAGGUUGUCCUGCUUGCGCGGAAGCUUCAACUAAAGUCUUGCAAAGAAGAAGAAGAGAUAACGGUGUCUCCGUCCGAACGAGGCGGAUCCGUGUCAUGAAACUCAGCGCGAAAAUGCAAGGAGCUUUUUCGGGGUGCCCCUUGUCCCCAAUUUUGCACACCCAGAAAGAAAAAAAACUUGGGAUUAUGCGGAGCAUUUUUUCUGCCCAGAUUUUAUGCUUUUUCUUUUGACUUUGGUGUUUUUAGAAAAAAGGUUUUUUUAAAAAAACGAUAUAAAGAAUUCCUUUGCUUUCGAACCAGCUUUCGCCCCUAUAUUUAAUAAAUAAAAUUGAUGCCGCCUGCAUCCAAACAAACGAAGCAGAGAGUGUGCCAUUAAAGAAACAGCCUGAGGCUUCAACAUAGAAUUGACAGCUUUG